AUGGACGAGACACAAAAAAGCACAGCUGGAACAAAUUCGAGCUCGAUGCACACUUCGAUGCGAAACGAAGGCGAUCCAUCGAUUGAGCGGCUCGCUCCGGUUUCCAUUAAAGGAUCUCAAAAGAUUAACAAAGUUUUUCAUGAAUUAAUCGAUAGCUGGAAGCAGUACACAAGUAUGGAGGAUGGCGAUCGAAUCGCACAGUUAUUGCAGAAUUACUCAGUUGAAAAACAAUUGGAACAUGUCGGAGGAAUGUCGAAAGAAGAAAUUCUCGAUGUUUUCCGAGCACAUCUCCGAAAAUUAACGUCGGUUCAAGAGGAAAACGAACAUUUGGCACGGAGGAAUCGAGACAUUUCCGAAAAGUUGCAUCGAAUCGAACAUCGAGUUGGCAAAGCUCAAGCAAAUGUUUUCGAUAAAGUUCAAGAGGCAACUAUGGAAAUUCUCAAAGAUUUCCAUGCUCGAGAGCUUGAAUUGGCAAGAAAAGUCGAGGUUUUCGAAGCGGAAAAGACGAGUUUGACAGCGAAAAAUACGAAAUUAGAGGGAAAAGUCGAGGAAUUCUCUCAGAAAAAUUCGACUCUCCAAGCAAAAAAUCAACGACUAAUCGAAAUAAAUAAUGAAAAUGAGAAAAGAAUCGGCGGUUUGACACAAAAAAAUCAAACUCAAGACGACGAGAUCUUCCAUUUAAGAGAGCAGCUGGAGAAGGCUAACGAGUUGGCUCGCGAGAAGACGGAAGAGGCGCUUCAAGAAGCUAUCGAGGCGCAACGUGUCAAAACUUUGAUAAUAAAAGAGCGAGAAGCCGUUAAUCUUCAGGCUGCCAGGCAUCAGGAAAUAUUGAUGGCAGAGAUGGACAAAUACAAAGCUGAUUUGGAAGAAGACCUGAGUGUUCGCCAUCUCCGACACAAGAAGGAAGUGGAGGCUCUCAAUGCGAAGUAUGACUCUGCGAUGGCACAUAGUGAGCAGACGAUUCACGAUUUGAAACUGACGAAUCGACAAUUGGAAGCUAAAGUCUCGAAAUUCGAAAGGAAUUUUGCAAUGAUGGAAGCACAAAUCAAGGGAAAUAUGAAGAGAAGUUUGGCGAUGAACUAUCAAGAAAUGCUGAAUAUUAUCUCAUCUGGAACCAGUCGAUUGCCCUCUCCACCUCGGGAGAAUCCUUUCUUGGAUUUAGAAAAGGAGAAUAGUUCCAGGAAACAUCGACUGGAAAACUCUCCGUCUCCAAAACGAACCCUCGGCGUUCAAACUUCCAAUGCCUCGACUUCUGGCCCACCUCCUCCGAAAGCUCGGCAACCGGAAAAGCCAAGAAUGUCGUCGAAAUUCUCAUCUUCCGUGAAUUCUGGAAGACUUCCAUCGACAUCUUCUAAAAAAUAA